GUUUCGAAAACACCGCUGUCAAUCUCAACUUCAAAUUUUCCGUUACUUCAAUGCGUCCGCGGCCCAUGGAGCCCCGUUUAAAUUCUUGAACGUGGCCCCGUCAGAUGCGAAAUUUCCCGUGAAUUGUUAUGGAAGAAGGUCCGAAAGGCGACAUCGAUUUUUACACGAAGAUUGCCAGACCGCUGGUACUCAACUUACCCCGACCCGAAGAUCGAAUUUUGGCCGCCGGAUGGAUAAAAAAGUUCCGCGAGGAAAAUGCCGGGUCGGAAAAGCUGCGUACAGACUACCUCAAGCUGCUCCUGUUCUGCGUGCAGAGGAGGAGGCUGGUGGGCAUGUUUGCCGAGGACCCGGCCAAAUUCAUCGUUCUCGAAGAGCUACCGUCCGAGUUAAACCUCAACGAUCUCGCCAAAGACUUGAUUGAACAGGAACAGAUCGAGAGGCGCGAAAAAAUUCGUCGCCAUCUUGUCGGCGACGUCGAAGUCUCUCCCCCUUACUUCACCGACUGCUCGACGGAUCUCACCGAAUACGUAGCAGCGCAGGACAUCCCGGAUUUCGGGGUGCACGCGUAUUACGCAGUCUCCAUGGAGCCGGUCACCAAAUGGCACCGUUCCGAGAGGGUGGUACUUCCGAGAGGCGUCAAGAGUACCGUCGACGCGAUCUUAGAGGACGUCGCAGCACCGCCAGCGAGCGCGUCGGAGCCUUCGUGCGCGUGCUCGCCGAAAGAACCCGGUGAUGACGCGGAACCUGUCGAGGAUUGCAGGAAAAAGGAGAAACCGACGCGGCGGGAGAAAAGAAAGGCGGCACCCAAAAGGUUCGGUCAGUAUCCGCCUACCGCGCCUAUGGGCGUCGUUAGGGGGGAGGAAGAGCGCCUGGCUCCGACGUGGGGCACCAAUUUGGUCGAGGUCAGGGAACCUGUGGGCGAACAUACCACGGAGGUAGACGAAUUAUCGUUCUUUGAAGACGAGCCCGUCGAAGUGGACGAAAUGGACGUGAGUGUCAAGGCGGGCGACAUGAGCAGGAUGAUCGACGAGUGGAGAGAGGGCACUAUCUCCCAGAAGCGACGAAAAAUUCCGACGCCACGUACGGGAGCGAGCGUUAGACAUAGAGCGACGUCUCCGGCGCUGACUGGAAUACCAGUAACUACCCCCAGACCCGCUCCCAGUCCUAGACGCUCGCCCUUGUCGCAAAAAUUAUAUGCCGAAGAAGGGGACGAAGUGCGGACACCCAAAGCUGGCACACCUCAGAGAAAGCUGCGUGAACGCGACGAGACGAUCGCGCAGACGCAGGCAAAAAUUCUAGAGGUGAGCCAGGUGUUUGAGCAAGCGCAGGAGGCAGUGGGGGAGCGCGAGCGCACGCUGCUAGCGGACGAUGCGGAAUUCCUUCAGCUGGAGCAAGAUUUCGAGCAGGUAGAGGACGUGGUGGAGGACCGCGAUCAGAGCAUGGUGGUUUUUGAUAAAUCCCCCAUGGCUUCGGCAGCGGCCGCCGAAAUCAGAGAAAAGGCGGAAGAGCAGAGAUUGCGGUUGCUUCAGGGGAGUUCACCGGCUGCUAGGGAAAUUCUGGAGGAGGCCCGCAUGGAUCUCGCAGAAGUGGAUCGGUACUUGGUGGAAGAUGCUCCGACGACCCCGCCGGCUCAAUAUUCCGAAUAUCGACCAACCGAUUACUAUUCUCCUUCGGAGAAAGGAGCAACCCAAGAACACCCCACGAUGUUUGGCGAAGACGCGGACGACCUCGACGAUAGCUUCAGACGUUUCGAGAGGCAGUACGCCGACGUCGGGGACAUUUGGGACACAUCGCCGACAUGCUCGCCGUACUGCGGCGCCGCGUCCCCCGAACCCCUCUCCGAGUCAGCCGAGUUUGAACUACUGGAGCAGUUGAUGAGGGAGGACAGUCCGACGUACCAGCUAGCGCAGAGGGGACCGCGCCCGCCUCCCCCAACGGGACCGACCCCUGCCGAGCUCGCGGCGGCUGAAUGGGAACGCCGUCUCUUUCGAUCCCCCGAACCGCCCAGAACGCCCCCGCAGCAACUGCCCGCCUACAGACCGGCCGAUUGGGUAACGCCGAGGGCCACGCCCCCUUAUCAACUCCCCGCCACUAGGCCGGAAGGUUACGUCACGCCCAUUUACGCUGAGGAGGCGCCGCCCGAGUUGUUCGAAUUUGAAGACGCGCUUUCGCCGGAAAGGACGCCCCGCCCCUCCCCUUUCGCUAGCCCCAAGACCCCGCCCCCGUACUUUACCGCGCCGCUGGAGAAAGAGGAGGAGCAACGUUGGCAACAAUGGACAGAACGGCUCGAGGAACUGGAUCCGUUGGAGGCGGAGAUGGCGGAUUUGAUACCGGAACUGCGACCCGAGGAGUUGUACUACCCGCCAGAGGCGUACGACGUUGAAACUCCUGAGCAGUUGCCCACCUGGGAGGAGCUCGAGCAGUGGGAGAUCCCGCCUUCUUUUCGGGAACCCGUAAGGCGCGACCAUUCCCGUUUAUUGGACUGGGAAGGCGGCGGACAUAUUCUUUACAGGCAUUCGGGACAAGUGGUGGACCAGUUGCCCGAUGUGGACGAACAAGUGGAGGAGUUCGCGGACUAUCCGGACUUGGCCUACAGUUUGGAUCCCCAGCUGAAACUCCCGGUUCUGACGCCGCCUCCGAGGCGGGAAAGGCAAUGGCCCGAAGAGGAUUACCUUUUGCCUCGAAUGACGUCACCGUACGUGAAACGUACGCGAGCUCCGCUCGAGUGGCCGCAGCCCAGGUACAUGACGACUGAGGAUUAUCUGCGGGAGAUCCAGAAGCAGAAGGAGGAACGGUACAAGCUGAAACCGCCGGUGUCGUUGUCACCCAAACUUACUCCCGCGCAAAUGGACAAGGAAUUUAUGGCGAUCGCCCAAGAGGAGGCGGGCUUAGAUGAUACUCCCCCCGAAGAGUUGUACCAAGUGGAACUGGAUGAAGAGAGACAGGCGUUGAUCGACUACUCCUUGGAACUGAUAGGCGAGAGGCCGCCGUCGGGGAAGCCUCCGCCCCGGCUGCCCCUUUUCGCACGCAUGUCACCUCCGAGCACGGGAACGACCCCGGAAAGACCAAGCCCCCGGGUACCGAGGACUCCGCCCCCGAGGGAACCGCGGGAGGCCGAGCCUUGCGGCACGUGCGGACCGUGCGGACCUCCAGCAGAGCGACCGAGGCGGAAGCCGGAAAAGAAACUGCCGAAGCUGCGCGAGACCAAGGCUUCGAAGCUGAAAAAACAGCAGCUGGAGAGGGAGGUUCGGUUGUCUCCGAUGAGUCGAAUGCUGGCGGCCAGGCGCGCAAAGGAGGAAGAGGCCCGAGCGAAGAAGCGGGUGGCGGCGCCCCCGCCCACCAGACUGGCUCGAAUGCCGCCACUCGCCACGCGCAUGAGACCGCCCGAUUAUCGCCCCGCCCUCGGCGACGGUCUCGCGCCCGAGAGGUCCGCCGCCAGGCCACCCGUCUACCGUCCCGAGGUGGACCGCGACAGGAUCAAGGGGGAGCGGAUUUUCGAACGGGCGGCCAUAUCCCGCCUCCGAGCGCCGACGCAGAUCAGACCGCCUUCGGGAAUUCCCAGAGCGGCGCCACCCAGUGGCAUCCGCCCUCCCAGCGGGUUGAGACCGCCCACUCAAAUUAGACCACCGGGAGUGCGUCCGCCUUCCGGGCUAAGAAAGCCUUCCGGGCUGAGACCGCCUUCCGGGCUGAGGCCGCUUUCCGGGCUGAGACCGCCUUCCGGGCUGAGACCGCCUUCCGUCCGUGCACCCCAACCGCCUAGCGGCCUGAGACCGCCCACAGUCCGUCCGCCGGCAGCGCCGAGUCGUUUGAGACCGCCCACCGUUCGCGCCCCUGUCACUCCUAGCGGCCUACGUCCGCCGAGCGUGCGUCCGCCUCAAGCGCCUAGCCUUCUGAGACCGCCCACCGUGUCCCGGCUCAGACCUCCCGUGAAAAGGGCAAAGCCGCUGGACCUGUACUUCCCGGAGGGCGUGGACGAUGUUUCUUACGCACCACCAUCCAUACGCGAGAUCAGGGAGCACCAAGUGCCGGGGUGGUUCAUGGAUCCGAAACGUCCGAAGAUGAGGCCCGUCAUUAUCGGCCAGGACAAGAGCGGACCCGUCAAGUACCGCCUCCAGAGGUGGUCGCAUCCUCCGGAUCUCCUUGAUGUGGAAGAACUCGAUGAACCUCCGAUGACCCCGCCCAGGCAGUACCCGAUGGAGAGGCCCUACGAUUACGUCAGUCCGGUGGCGGGACCGUGCGGACCGUGCGCCCCCGGAGCCGUCGACUACGACCCCGAGAUUCUGAUGGAGCUGGGCCUCACCCAAGAAGACCUAAAGGCGUUCGACCAACCUUGGUUGGAGGAGGAGGACUUAGAUAUGGCCGAUUUUGACGUCGACGAAGACGUGGCCACAUUGGAAAAGAGCUUCGAACGCAUGGGCAAACAGCACGCGGAAUUUGACGCCAUGCUCAGAAAACUUGAAGAGGAAUGCGCGGAGGACACUGCAGCGUACGGGGACGCAGCCCCUGUUAUCUCCAGGACGUCUCCGCCCGGGUCCCCACAUUGGACUCCGCCGGGGGUAGCGGGACCCUCGAGGAGGUACUCACCGAUGUACACGCCCAUGGGCAAAGUUGGUCCGUCCAAAAAAGUUUACUUGGACCCGUCCCUGAGCCCGCCUCCGACGCCCUACCGCACCCCUAGGUACGCACCCGCCAAGCGUAUACCGAAACGGGGGAAGCAACCGACGGAAACGAUGCCGCCCCCCGACUUGACGGGUCACCACGUGCACCUUUCCCCCGACAGGGGCCGCCCCCGUACUGCGUCACCACAGAGGAUGUACGACCAGGACGAUAUGGCUGACUUAGAACGACAGGUAAUUGAACGCGAGCGCGAAGACCGGGAGGAAUACGAACGUAUGAUGGCGGAAGAAAGAGGGGAAGAUAUUAGCGGACAGGCUCCGCCGUGGGCAGAGUUCGAGCCUGGUUCGUGCUCGGGACCUUGUGGCGGCGAUUUGUCUCCAGAAUUUUUAAAACUGGCCCAAACUGGAGUCGAUUUAGAUCAGUACGAACUGCCCCAAUACGAUAGCCCCUCCAAGUGGAAAAAAGAGACGACAAAGAGGGUGCCACCGAGAACUUUGCGAGUGCCCACCGGUUACCAGGAACGACCGCGACAAUUGAUGGGUCCGUCGCGACCGGCAACAGAACGGUUGCCGCGUUCCCAACUACCACAGGCCCAGCCUCAGCUGAGAUUACAAAACUCGUCUUCUCAGAUUAAUCAGACGGUCUCCUCUCGAACUAGAAUUGGGACCAGUAGGACGGAACUAACGAUUCAACCUUGCGUAGGGGGCCAGACAUCGCAACGUCAAGCACCAGACCGCGUCGUCCGAAAGACCUCGUCGAAGAAGAAAAUCAUAACUCGAGGUCCUUAAUAUGUAAAUUGUGUUCUGACUGGUAAUAAAAAACCACACAAACCGUAUGUUUUGUUACUAACUUGUGGCCGAUUGCGUAGCGAUAUUAUAGUUUCUCAUAUAUA